CACUAGUUUCCGGUUCCGGCUAUGGUGGAUGGAGAAAUCAACCAGCCAUAAAGUUACUCAUUUGGCUUCCACAGCUAAAGCUAGGCAUACUCCACAUAAAUAUCCCGUCGAAAAUUUACCCAAAAUUUCGCUGCUUUACAUGCUUUUCCAAAAGCUUUCCUUGGACUACGACAUCAGAGUCCGGCGAAGUCGCAAUCUUACUUCUUCAUCUGAGAUUUACCCUACUUUCGCCCAGUCUCUGGAUACACGAGACAGUUUUAUAUUUUUCCAGAAAAUUUGCUGAGUGGUUGAUAGAGGAAGAGGAUUAUCCGGUUAUGAUAUUUUAAAAAUGUUUUGUUCUAUUGCGUGUUCAGAUUCCUUCUCACCGGAUCCUGGGUUCAACCUGUAAGGUCACAACCCGCAACUCCUCAAACUGGCUCAAUACAUUGGCUAUGGACAAUGAUUUUGUUCGGCCCAUUUCCUCGAGAGCUAACCGAAGACCCGACCGUGCUAAUCACCAAUCUAGAGAUGGGGAGGCUCAGUUCCUUUUAGGUGGAAAGUUGUAUCAGGAUUACCAAAUGAAGAUAUUAUGGAAAAAGGGCUUUAUCCGUCUGGUUCUUGUGGCAGGGAUUAUUUGGAUGUUUCUUAUCUGCAUUGUAUUGUUAUUUCACCUCUGGUCUUGCCAGUCUUCUUUUGCUUUCUUUUCAGCUCUUUGUAACAAAGAUAGCAAGUUUUUUGGUAUGUUGAACACAAUGGGACUCGUGACACCCCCACACCGUUGUCCAAUUCCUGUGGCAGAUAACACAGAUAAAAUAGUUAUUCCUGAACAAAAAUCUACUGAAAAUUUUGUUCAGAGUCUCUCCUAUGUUGUGGAAAAUGUUACAGUACAUAGUGGAUCUAGUUCACUUCCUCUAUUUGGAGGAAAUCAAACAUGGAAGCAAAGAGAUGAAAGUUUUAAAGUGAAGCCAAGCAUGAAAGUGCAUUGUGGUUUUAUGCCAAAGGGUGGUGCAGAAAUGGAUAAGAAAGACAUCGAGUAUGCAAAGAAGUGUCGGUUUGUGGUUGCCUCCGGCAUUUUUGACGGAUACGAUACACCUCACGAACCAUCAAACGUCAGUGCACGUUCUCAGAAGCUCUUUUGCUUUCUUAUGACAGUGGAUGAAGUAUCUCUUGACUUCAUCAAGAAAAAUGUCACGGUCAGAGAGGAUAAUGAUGGUGGACUGUGGGUGGGUAUCUGGCGUCUAGUUCUACUGAAAAAUCCACCUUAUGAUGAGCCUAGAAGGAAUGGGAAAGUUCCUAAGAUAUUGACACACAGGUUAUUCCCUCAAGCACAAUACAGCAUUUGGAUUGAUGGUAAAAUGGAGUUAAUAGUUGAUCCAUUGCUUAUGCUUGAAAGAUACUUGUGGCGUGGUAAGCAUACAUUUGCAAUAGCUCAGCACAAGCAUCAUCAGAGUAUAUAUGAGGAGGCGGAUGCAAACAAACGGAGAAAGCGUUAUGCUCGACCACUUAUUGAUCUUCAUAUGAAAAUAUAUCGUUAUGAGGGAAUGGAACCAUGGAAUCCAGAUAAAGGCACAGUUAGUGAUGUUCCCGAAGGAGCAGUUAUUGUACGAGAACACACUGCAAUGAACAACUUGUUUAGUUGCUUAUGGUUCAACGAAGUCAACUUGUUCACACCACGAGAUCAGCUGAGCUUCGGUUAUGUUGUUUACAGGCUGGGGGGCAAGUUCAAAUUUUUAAUGUUUCCAAACUGUGAAUACUACUCGAUCUUUAUUUUACACCCUCACACGCGGGAGCAUUCAUCUAAAGUGGAGUGGGUGAAAUCUUUGGAUGAAUUUAAGAAGGAUAGUAGUGGUUUGAAAGAGAGUAGAGGAGGAUUUGGAUUGUGGAGCCCUUAUCCGGGGAAUCUGAAAUCAGUUGUAUUACCAAAUGUAACAAGAAAAUCAAAAGCUGGAUGAUGAUGAUGUUUGUAAUGUGUUAUUUUUGUAGCUCUUAGAGAAACAGUUGGGAUUCCUCAGAAAGGAGGAUGUUCCUUCUUCAAUUCUACAAACUUUGUCAAUUCCCAUUUGAAUCAUUUCUUCUGGAUA